UGGUGUUUCCGGCAGUGUUUGGCAGCACUACUGACACCAGAAGGGUGCGACAAAUGGCACUCAACCAGCGCUCACAUAAGCGCACACUUAUAGGCGCCGCCCAUUCGCUGCCAUUCAGCCAAUGGGUAGCGAAUAUAAUGACUGCCAUUUCGUUUGGCUUUUUGUUGUUUCGUCACGUUUUAUUUGUGACACAAAUCGGACCCUCACUUCACGCCAUACACUGCUGUACUGUACAUAUGCUCUACACAUGGAGUGUGUGUAUGUUUGAUUUGGUGUCCAAACAAUACAUAACAACUCCACUCAAUAGCCAGACAUCAGUGCCGAAGAUGUCGUCAGACGUGAACCGAUCGGAUCCGGAGUUCAAAUUCCUGGCCGUCGACCGGACACUAGUGUCGGACCCGACGAAAGCGGCCGAAUGGGCGGCCAAACGACUGGUUUGGAUACCACACGAAUCGGUGGGGUUUGUGGCCGCGAGUGUCAAAGUGGAGCGAACCGAAGACCUGGAGGUGGAAGUGGUUGACACCAACAAGAAGUGCAUCGUUGCCAAGGAUGACGUGCAGAAGAUGAAUCCACCUAGGUUCAACAAAGUGGAAGACAUGGCCGAACUCACGUGCCUUAACGAGGCCUCAGUCCUACAUAACCUCAAAGACCGGUACUUCUCGUCUCUGAUCUACACUUAUUCGGGACUCUUCUGUGUUGUCGUCAAUCCCUACAAAAAGCUUCCCAUUUAUACCGAUAAAGUGAUUGAGUUAUACAAAGGCAAGAAACGACACGAAGUGCCGCCACAUAUCUUCGCGGUGACGGACGCCGCCUAUAGGUCUAUGCUUCAGGACAGGGAAGACCAGUCCAUUCUCUGUACCGGUGAGUCCGGCGCCGGUAAGACCGAGAACACGAAAAAAGUGAUCCAAUACUUGGCAUAUGUGGCCUCGUCUAAGCCCCGGGCGUCGACGUCCACUUCAUUGCACACAUACCACACACCGCCGCCGCCAAACAUUAUCGGAGAGUUAGAGCAACAGUUAUUAAAAGCCAAUCCUAUUCUCGAAGCGUUCGGUAACGCGAAGACUGUCAAAAACGACAACUCAUCCCGAUUUGGGAAAUUCAUACGAAUUAAUUUCGACGCCUCGGGAUUCAUUGCCGGCGCUAAUAUCGAAACCUACCUCUUGGAAAAGUCGCGAACCAUUCGACAGGCCGUCGACGAGAGAUGUUUCCAUAUAUUCUAUCAGUUAUUAAAUGGCACUCAAAGCGAACAAAUCCGGGAAUUCUUGUUAGAAGACGUGAAAAACUAUACAUUUUUAACGCACGGCAACGUUCCGGUGCCCGGAGUCGAUGAGACACUCGAGUUCAACAAUACUGUUCAAGCGAUGCAAAUCAUGGGUCUGUCGCCCGAAGACUUGAGUGCUAUCUUCCGAGUGGUGUCGUCUGUCAUACUAUUCGGUAAUAUGAAGUUCAAACAGGAGAGGAACUCAGAUCAGGCGACUCUUCCCGAUAAUACCGUCGCUCAAAAAGUCAGUCAUCUUUUGGGUCUAAACGUGACCGAAACGAUCAAAGCAUUCCUAAGGCCUCGACUCAAAGUGGGUCGCGAUUACGUGACCAAAGCUCAGACCAAAGAACAGGUCGAGUCGGCAGUGGAAGCCAUCGCUAAGGCGUGUUACGAAAGAAUGUUCAAAUGGUUAGUCCAUCGCAUAAACCGGUCGUUGGACAGAACCAAACGACAGGGCGCCUCAUUCAUCGGCAUUCUGGACAUCGCCGGCUUCGAGAUCUUUCAACUCAAUUCGUUUGAACAGUUGUGCAUUAAUUACACGAAUGAAAAACUGCAGCAACUCUUCAAUCACACGAUGUUUAUCUUAGAGCAGGAAGAAUACCAACGCGAAGGCAUUGAAUGGAAAUUUAUUGAUUUUGGGCUCGAUUUACAGCCAACCAUUGAUUUGAUUGAAAAGCCAAUGGGUAUUUUGGCACUUCUCGACGAAGAGUGUUGGUUCCCGAAGGCCACUGACAAGACUUUUGUUGAUAAGCUGAUGAAUGCCCACAACCAACACCCGAAGUUCAUUAAAUCCGACUUCCGGGGAACGGCUGACUACAGUAUUCUUCAUUACGCCGGAAAGGUGGACUAUUUGGCCGCUCAAUGGCUUAUGAAAAAUAUGGAUCCAUUAAAUGAGAACGUGGUCUCACUUUUGCAAAACUCUUUGGACUCAUUUGUUGUUCAGAUAUGGAAAGACGCUGAGAUCGUUGGUAUGGGAGUGGCCACUAUGGGUGACACUCAGUUCGGCGCCCGAACUCGAAAGGGAAUGUUCCGAACUGUGAGUCAACUAUAUAAGGAUCAGUUGUCCAAAUUGAUGGUUACUCUAAGGAAUACGAAUCCAAACUUUGUUCGCUGUAUUAUUCCUAAUCACGAGAAAAAAGCGGGCAAAAUAGACGCACCGCUUGUUUUGGAUCAGUUGAGGUGUAAUGGAGUUCUCGAAGGAAUUCGUAUUUGUCGUCAGGGAUUUCCAAACAGAAUCCCAUUCCAAGAGUUCAGACAGCGGUACGAGUUAUUGACGCCGAACGCCAUUCCCAAAGGCUUUAUGGAUGGAAAGCUCGCGUGUGAGAAGAUGAUUGUGGCGCUCGAUUUGGACCCCAAUCUCUAUCGUGUCGGACAAAGCAAAAUAUUCUUUAGGGCCGGCGUUUUGGCACAACUCGAGGAGGAGAGAGAUAUGAAGAUAUCAGACCUGAUUGUCAACUUCCAGGCGUGGUGUCGCGGACUACUCGCCCGCCGUAACUAUCAGAAACGACUUCAACAGUUGAACGCCAUUCGUAUUCUUCAGCGCAAUUGUGCGGCGUAUCUGAAGCUGCGGAACUGGAGCUGGUGGCGGCUCUACACUAAAGUCAAACCACUCCUCGAAGUGACCAAACACGAGGACAAACUGCUCGAGAAAGAGGAUGAGUUGAAACAAGUGAAGGAACAAAUGGUUAGAGCGGAACAGGACGUGAUUGAGUUGGAGAAGAAGUUCCAGCAAAUAGUUGACGAGAAGGCGAUGAUUGCGGAACAGCUUCAGGCGGAGACAGAACUGUGCGCCGAAGCAGAAGAAGCGCGACUCAGACUCGCCGCUCGCAAACAGGAAUUGGAAGAAAUUCUUCACGACUUGGAGGCCAGGAUUGAAGAGGAAGAGGAGCGCAACCAAUCAUUGGCCGCCGAAAAGAAAAAACUUCAGUUAACUAUUCAGGACUUAGAGGAACAGCUCGAAGAGGAAGAGACUGCCCGCCAAAAGUUACAGCUCGAGAGAGUCUCACUCGACACUAAAGCCAAAAAACUCGAGGAAGACUUCGCUGUUGUCGAAGACUCGAACAAUAAGUUACUUAAAGAGAAGAAAGCCUUAGAGGAUAGACUCACUGAAGUGUCUCAUUCGGCGUCCGAAGAGGAAGAAAAGGCUAAACAUUUGAGUAAAUUAAAGGCCAAACACGAGGCGACGAUCGCUGAUUUGGAGGAUAGACUCAAAAAGGAGCAACAGAUAAGACAAGAGCUCGAGCGCGUGAAGCGAAAGCUCGAGACUGAGCUGAAUGACAUCAAAGAGCAGUUGAAUGAGAAGCGACUGCAAAUAAGACAAGAGCUCGAGCGCGUGAAGCGAAAGCUCGAGACUGAGCUGAAUGACAUCAAAGAGCAGUUGAAUGAGAAGCGACUGCAAGUGGAAGACCUGCAGACACACCUCACCAAACGAGAGGAAGAGUUAAGUCAGGCUUUGCUCCGAUGCGACGACGAAAGCGCUUCGAAGGCUCAGUCGAGCAAACUUUUGCGGGAAUUGGAGUCCCAACUGAUGGAAAUGCAAGAGGACUUAGAGAGUGAGAAGCAAUCGAGAGCUAAGGCUGAGAAACAGAAACGAGAUCUAAAUGAAGAGUUGGAAGCGUUGAAGAAUGAAUUGUUGGACUCUCUGGAUGUGACGGCAGCUCAACAGGACUUGACAGUCAAACGGGAACAAGAGAUGGAACGCCUGAAACGGAGUCUGGAGGAGGAGUCUAGUCAGCACGAGUCCCAGUUCUUAGAUAUUCGUCAAAAACACGCCAAAGCUAUCGACGAAUUGAACGAACAGUUGGAUAACUUCAAGAAGAAUAAGGGGGCGCUCGAGAAGACUAAAGGCAAUCUGGAGGCCGAGAACGCAGAUCUGGCCAAUGAGUUGAAGACAUUGAAUACCGCUAAACAAGAGAGCGACAGAAGGCGUAAACAAAUGGAGACUCAGUUACAGGAAUUGGCGGCAAAACAAACGGACACCGAAAGAGUUAAGUCUGAUUUAAGCGAUCGUACGGUUAAACUGCAGACAGAGUUGGAAACAGUGAGUCUUCAGUUGGAAGAACUGGAACGACGCGCUAGUCAUGCCAUUAAGAACAGCUCUACACUCGAAGCACAACUCACCGAAGCUCAGGAUUUGCUCCACGAAGAGACCAAACAGAAGCUGACGCUCUCUUCGCGUCUCAGACAAGUGGAGGCCGAAAGGGAUGCCAUUCAGGAACAGAUGGAAGAGGAAGAGGAGACGAAGAAGAAUUUAGACAAACAGAUCGUACAAUUGACUCAACAAAUGGUAGACAUGAAGAAGAAGACUGACGACGAAACAGAGCUCUUGUCUAUGAGUGAAGAGUCCCGUAAAAAGUCGGCCAAAGAGUUGGAACUAUUGCAAAGACAAUUGGAAGAGUCGUCAGUAAACGCAGACAAGUUUGAAAAGUCAAAGAAGAAACUUCAGUCAGAAGUGGAGGACUUGAAUAUUGAAAUCGAGAGCCAAAGAUCCAAAGUCUCUGAAUUGGAGAAAAAACAACGAAAAUUUGACGCCAUGUUAGCCGAAGAGAAGGCAUUGUCUGAAAGGAUUGCCGGCGAACGCGAUAACGCAGAAAGAGAGGCCCGAGAGAAGGAGACGAGAAUCCUGUCGCUGACCCGCGCUCUCGAAGAAAAGGAGGAACAGUUCGAAGAGUUAGAGAGAGCCAGACGUCAAUUGCAGACAGAGUUGGAUGAGUUGGUCAACAACCAGGACUCGGCGCACAAGAACUUCCAUGACUUGGAGAAAUCGAAACGAAGUCUCGAGAACUCAGUGGCAGAACAAAAGGCACAAAUCGAAGAACUGGAAGACGAGUUGCAACUGAGCGAAGACGCGAAACUGCGGCUCGAGGUGAAUAUGCAGGCGCUUAAGUCACAGUUCGAUCGCGAUAUGUUGGCGCGCGAGGAACAGGCGGAGGACAAGCGACGACUUCUCCUCAAACAGGUCAGGGAUUUGGAGGCAGAGUUGGAGGACGAGAGGAAGCAAAAGGCGGCCGCAAUCGGCGCCCGCAAGAAACACGAGAGCGAAUACCAUGAUUUGGAACAGCAGAUGGAAAUGGGAAACAAACUGAAGGAAGACGCGCUCAGACAGUAUAAGCGACUUCAGGCGCAGAUGAAAGACUACCAGAGAGAGGCCGAGGAGGCGAAGGGCAUGAGAGACGAACUGAUAGCGCAGGCGAAAGACGCCGAAAAACGUGCCAAAUCUUUAGAGGCAGAAGUGGCUCAUCUUCAGGAAGACUUAACUACCAGUGAAAGAGCCCGUCGGACGGCUGAGAACGAACGCGAAGAGCUCUACGAAGAGAACAACUCUUUAGGUCCGCUCAGAGCUCUAAUUCAAGACGAAAAGCGCCGAAUGGAGGCUCAGUUGAGUCAACUCCAGGAAGAACUGGAAGAAGAACAGAGCAAUUCAGAGAUACUGAUCGAUAAAGUCCGCAAACUUCAGACCCAAAUCGAAACGCUUACCACUGAAAGUGCGGCCGAAAAGUCGAAUUCGCAGAAAUUGGAGAAUUCAAGACUUGUUAUCGAACGCCAAAACAAAGAACUUAAAUCCAAAUUACAAGAGUUAGAGACUUCUCAGAGGACUAAAACCAAAGCCACGAUCGCAGCACUUGAGGCCAAAAUCCUACAGUUGGAGGAAUCGCUUGAACUCGAGACUAAAGAACGACAAUUGGCGGUCAAAGGCGUCCGUAAAAUGGAUAAGAAGGUGAAAGACGCUCAGAUGCAGGUCGAGGACGAGCGCAGACACGCCGACCAGUAUAAGGAACAGGUGGAGAAAGUGAACAAUAGAAUCAAAGCACUCAAGAGACAGUUGGAUGAGGCGGAGGAGGAGUGUUCGCGAGAGAAAGGCAUUCGCAGGAAAGUGCAGAGAGAACUCGAGGACACUCUGGAGGCCAACGAAGCGCUGACCAGAGAAAAUGGGAACCUUAAGAAUAAAAUAAGACGUUCGGGUGGAUCGGGCGGCGCCUCCCGAAGCUAUCUGAACAACAAAAGAGGUUCAAUGAGUGGAACGGGUGACGACGGCUCUGUGGGUUCACCGCUUGACGACGACAGUCCAGCCAACGACGACAGUCCCGCUUAACUUAAAUAGCAUUUGAAUAUAUUUUUAUAAUUAUUAUUUGCAAUUAAUUAGCGUUUUAUUCAAUCAAAUAAUGAAUGGGAUAUUCAUUUGGAAAGGUUUUGGAAUGCAUUCAUAAAUACUAUUUGUUUUAGUACUGCAAUGAUUUGAUAACAAACAACAACUCUUUGCCUCAAUAUUGCCUUUAAAUUGAUUUCAAAAUAAUAUAAACAUUCCCUACCAAAGGAUAGCAGAGAGCAACCUCUCGGCAUCCAUUCCGUUGCCUUUUUAUGAUAAGCACUCAAACUUUUUAUCAAAUUUUGAUACAUUUGUCAGCAUUUCUUGAAACAAAUUUAUUAUCAAAUUUUUAAUUUUUCUAUAAAUGUAUUUUAAAACCGAAUGUGAGUUAUAGCUAAAGUUUAAGCAUUUAUUUAUGUACUAAAUUAUUAUUAUUUUGUUAAUUAAUAACGAGUUGAAAACACAGAGCAAAACAUUAGGCAUAUAUGAGA